UCCCUUAUUUGUAUACAGAUAAAAUGGCUACAGCUCUAAAAAACAUCGGUCCCCAUCUUGAAUGCAUCAUCUGUGCAGACAAAUAUAAACAGCCCAAGGUGCUGGAUUGCAUGCACAGUUUCUGCCAGAAAUGUUUGGAGCAAUACUACACUAGCAGGUAUGCAGGUCAGCAAACAAUUCCUUGCCCUGUAUGUCGACGGGAGACAGUACUUCCAGAGACAUGCAUUGAAGGACUGAAAACAAAUUUCCAUUUGAUGGGAAUAGUUGAGGAGGUCUCACUCCAAGCACAGGUGGCUAGUUCAGUGAAAAAAACACCAGAAGAAGAUGAGUCUAAAUGCCAGAAACACAGGGGGGAAUUGAAAUGGUUUUAUUGUGAGACAUGUGAAGAGUUAAUCUGCCGAGCUUGUACUGUAGUAGACCACCGUGAACCAAAACAUCACUACAUUGACUCUAGAGAGGCUUCUCGCAAAUACAAACAGUCACUGAAAGAUAUGUUGCCAAAUGUCACCACCGGCAUCAAAAUACUUCAAAAGGCUUUGGCCACUUCAUCACAAGCUAAGCAAAAGUUCACACAGAACGUCACAAAGACUGUGAAAGCUGUGAAAAACAAAGCGGAUAAAAUGAGAGCUGAGAUAACAACUCAAGAGACAAAGAUGAUUGAAGAAAUCAAACAACUCCAGCAGGAUCGCAACAGAACAUAUGAUGAGCAUCAGUCAACACUGACACUGAUGCUUGAAAGUAAAAAACAAUCGCUGGGGACAUCCCAGGAUAUCAUUAACACUGCAUCAGACAGUGACUUUUUGUCCCUAUACCCUAUCAUCAGCAAAGACUUGAAAUCACUCAAGAGUCAAAAUCCUCCCCAGAUUGAUCCCAAGCUUUCAUAUCUGAGCUUCACCCCGGAUCAGAGGAUUGGUGACAUCAAUCUGGGCAAGCUGGCAGUCAAAGGCAAGUGGGAGAAGUGUUGUGAGUUUGGUACACAGGGAAAUGGUCCAGGACAGUUUGGUUUUGGUCGAGGUAUUACUGCUACUCAACCUGGUGAGAUUGCUGUGGCAGACUGGUGGAACAACCGAGUGGUCAUCUGCAGCAAUGAGGGACAACACAAAGGAACCAUUCCCCUACAACGUCCAGUGGCAGUUGCAGCCAUCCACAAUCCUGAGCAACGCUUGCUUGUGUUGGAAGAGGGAAGCAAGUAUGUCAAGGUGUUCAACAUGAAAGACAACACUCUUGUAAAGCAGUUUCCAACUGUGCCCAAGCAUCAGGUAGACAAGACAAAAAUGAACCUAUCGAGUCUAGCAGUAACAAAGAAUAGCAUCUUAGUAGGCGACACCUACAAUAUGGUGUGGACUGAACACAAAGCCACUGAUGGUGAGAUCCUACACACCAUACCAGUGCAGACUCCACCUUGGUUCCUGGCUGUUGAUGACGACACUGAUAUAGUUGUGGUCAGUGGAGGUGACACAAAGAAAGUGGAGGUUGGUAAUAGCAAAGGUAGAACAAUCUGGACCAUUAAUCCAACCAUUAAUGGUGAGCAAGUGGGGAACUGCAAGGGUGUAUGCUGUGACAGCUCAGGCAUCUACCUUGCAGUGGACCAAUGUGUGUCUGGCACUGGUUAUAUUCACCACUUUGAUCUAGAUGGCAGGUUUCUUGCUUGCCUGGCUCAGGGUCUGCAUGCCCCACAGGGAAUGACAUUCACAUCAGAGGGCCAGCUGGCAGUGGCUGACCUCUCCACAGUCAAGAUAUAUCACAAGGUGUGAUGUCAUCCAACAUGACAUUGACUAGCAAUCAUCAUCAUCCCAACAGCAAAUGUUGAGGAUGAAAUUGUCCAGCCAUUACAGCAACAAUCAACAUUCAUGUCCCACUCAUAUCACAUCUCUCCUCAAAAAUCCAAACUGCCAGAUCCCUCUGAUGUGAACCAUUUUACCAUACAAACUCUUAAAUAAACCAUGCAUCAAUUACAUUAUGUUACUAUACAAAGUCUUAUAUAAACAGUGUAUUGACUAGUUACAUUUGAUUUGAUUGGGGGACAAUUUGUUUUACAUGUACAUGUACGAUGACUGGAAUCUAUUAUCUUUGUCUAAAUUAAAUGGUAAAUUUGAAAGGAGAGGGGUGUUUAGUGGGUGUUGAGGUGUUUGAUGUUAUGACCCCCGCCUCCUCAACCCAACACCCCUCCCUCACCCAGUACAUGGAUUGCCAUCAAUCUAUCCAAUACUUACCAACUUU